CGCUGAACGCUCUCAAAAACACCAAAACUAACAACUGUAUAGUGGCGCGGUGUCUGCUUUACGAGCAAAACUGAAGUCUACCUUAAUGCCUCAGGGAACAAGCUCGUCAUUCUACAUGCACUAGUGCUCCUUCCUAAGUGGAAUUUCACCGCUGAAUUUUGAGAAACUUUUAGGCGUGCUUUGCUGCAUUUCAAAACGUCUUUGUACACUGCUCAGGCUCAUAGAUAAAGAAAGUGGACGAUAACGAGAAUAAUAUCAUGGCGAAUACAGAGAAACCGGGUAUACCGCAAUGGUUUCGAGACCGAGAGGUGAUAGUUACUGGCGGCACGGGAUUCAUGGGCAAAGUUUUAUUGGCCAAAUUACUCAGCUGUUGUCCAGAUAUCAAAACAAUUUACACCAUAAUCAGAGACAAGAAAGGCAUACCUCCAAAAGCUAGACUGAUGAAUUUAAUGAAGGAAGAGCCAUUUAGAUUUCUAAGAGAGAAUCAACCGGAAAGACUGAAAAAACUAGUCGCCGUGGCUGGAGAUACAACGAGCGAUGGACUUGGAAUUUCUCCACCGGACAUUGAGCUUUUGAAAAACGUCUCGGUGCUGAUUAACAUGGCAGCCAACGUUCGGUUUGAUCUACCGCUCAAGACCGCAGUCAACAUGAAUACACGAGGCACCGCAAAUGUCUUGGCUUUUGCGAAGCAGCUAAAAAAAUUAGAUUCACUGGUGCACGUUUCAACAGCUUAUUGCCAUUGUGGCGAGGCGACCCUCGAGGAAAAAUAUUAUCCAGUGCCCAUAUCACCAGAAGAGACGAUGAAACUCGUGGAGGAAACACCCGAAGAUGUUUUAAGUUCCAUGACGGCAAAAAUCUUAGGAGAUCAACCAAACACUUACGCCUUCAGUAAGUCAUUGAGCGAAGACUUGGUACAAAGAAGUGGCCUACCUACCGGGAUCGCCAGACCGUCGAUCGUGGUCGGCUCACUGAAGGAACCGGAUGCAGGAUGGGUGGAUAAUUUGAACGGGCCAACGGGUUUAUUGAUUGCAGCGGGCAAAGGUGUACUUCGGUCUAUGCUCUGCCAACCUGACAAUUACGUCGAUUUGAUACCCUGCGAUAUGGCUGUUAAUGCAACCAUCGCCUUAGCUCGUAAAGUCGGCCUCGAGAAGCCAAAACGGCCAAUUUUUGUCAAUCUCACCGAAAGCCGAGAGAAUCCUAUCACUUGGCGACGUGCUCUUGACACUGGCAAAAAGCAUGCACUCGCUAAUCCUUUCUCAGGUCCCUUGUGGUAUCCGGGAGGAGACUUUACAACUUCCAAAAUAUAUCAUCUGUUUAUUGUCUUCUUCUUGCACACCAUUCCGGCUUACUUCUUGGAUACUUUGCUACGUUUGACUGGAAAUAAGCCAUUCCUGGUGAACGUACAGGCUCGAGUAACGAAUGGGAUGAAUCUGGUUCAUUAUUACACAACGAAGGAAUGGAUAUUCAAAAAUGACAACCUCAAAGCAUUGCGCGAAAAUCUUAAUCCUGAAGAUAAGGAAAAUUUCUUCAUGGACAUCAGGGUGAUCGAUUGGAACGACUAUCUGCUGACUUACAUCCUUGCAACACGGAAAUAUUGUCUCAAGGAUGAUCCGUCAACUUUACCGAGAGCUCGUCGCGUUUUUGCCAUUCUCUACGUUGUUGACUUGGCAGUAAAAAUCGCGAUUAGUCUCUUGUUAGUUUGGUUUGUAUACUCUUGUUUCUUCUCUUCUCAAAUGGUCGUCAGUACAACUGUUGAGUAUUAAUCAUGGACUUUAUUAAUGAGCAUUGUUGUUUGUGUUCUUCGAGAAUCUUUUGUAUAAUAUGUACUGCCAUUGAUUUAUUUUUAGUUAUUUAUAAGCCAUACGAAAUCAAAAUUAUACUUUACUCAGUUUUAUGAACAUAUCUAUUUAUAUACUUAGGUGUAUCUGUGUAUGAACAUCAUUCUAUCAGUUUACAUACGUAUUUAUUAUUCAUAUCAUUCAUAUCGUAAGAAAAAUGUUAAUCCAAAAAAAUAUGUAUUCGGUUAUAAUUUUAUCAUGUUUUAGAGGGAUGGCACAGUAAAAUAAAAUACGUCGAAUAAAUUUUUUACCCAUUUGGAUCAUGAAAUUAUUUUUAAGCUAGUUAUUAUAUGAUAAUUUCCACUUUGUAUAUGUUACAAUAUAAAUCUAAUUACUAAUUAUUGAUCUGAUUUUCGUUGAAUGAUCGUAUAAGAGAAUUCGCUAGAAAAAAAGUGAUUUUUGGGCGUUUGAUUGUCAAGUGAAUGUAAUUAAAAAAAUGUUCUGUACGAGAUAAAUGAUCAAUAAAAAUACUUUCGC